CAUUUUUCGUUUGCCUUUCAGAAAAAAUGAAUAUAUUUAUAACAACUUUCGUAUUGGCUGUGGCCACACUGGCCCAGGCAGACGAUGGAUUCAACAAUUUCAAUAACUUCAACAAUUUUAACAACUUCAACGAUUUUAACAACAACAACAACAACGGUUUCGGACAUGGCUCAGGAUUAGGAUGGGGAUCUGGUAUUCAAUCUUCCAGAUGGGGUUCUGUUGGUGGUUUGACUGGUGGAUGGGGCGAUGAUUAUCAUACCGGAAGCAGCUGGGGACACGGUGGUGGAUAUGGUGGUAUUUCCAAAGGAUAUGGUGGUAUUUCCCAUGGAUACGGAGGCAUGUCCCAUGGAUACGGAGGCAUGUCCCAUGGAUACGGAGGCAUGUCCCAUGGAUUUGGGGGCAUGUCUAAAGGAUAUGGCAGUAGUGGAUAUGGUGAUAGCUAUGGAUUAGGCUACGGUGGUGGAUAUGGCAAACAUAUGAUAAAACCCAUUAUCCCCGUGCCUGUUGUUCCAGUCGUUAAGGUACCCAAACCUAGGCCAGUUAUUCCAGUUGUCCCUGUUGUCAAAGUCCCAAAGCCUAGGCCAGUUAUCCCAGUUGUGCCAGUUGUCAAGGUACACAAACCUAAGCCAGUCAUCCCUGUGGUUCCAGUAGUUAAAGUACCACAACCAAGACCUGUCAUCCCUGUGGUUCCUGUCGUAAAAGUACCUAAGCCCAAGCCAGUGAUCCCCGUCGUCCCUGUAAUGAAGGUUCCUCUACCAAAGCCAGUCAUCCCAGUUGUUCCAGUUAUGAAAGUACCAGUUAUGCCAAUGAAAAAGGGUUAUGGCGGCUACAAGGGUGGAUACGGUGGAAUAGGUGGUGGAUAUGGCGUAAUAAGUGGUGGAUACGGUGGAAUUAGUGGUGGAUUCGGUGGAAUUAGUGGUGGUGGUUUUGGAGGUAUUGUUAGUGGAUUUGGAGAUGACGAUUUCUUCGAUGAUGAGGAUUUUUACGGUUUCCAUGGUAGAAUCGGUGGCGGAUCACGUGGUUUUGGAAGUUCGCUUGGAGCAGGACCAAUGUACAGCGGUGCAGGAGCUUCUCUAGGAGGUGCUGGCCAUUUUGGAGGAUAUGAUUCUUUUGGAGGAGGUCAGCAGUAUCAUGGUAUCUGGUCAUCCGUUGGCGGUGUAGGCUUUUCUACAGGCGGCUCACAAUCUUUCGGUCAUGGCGGUGUAGGCUUUUCUACAGGCGGCUCACAAUCUUUCGGUCAUGGCGGUGUAGGCUUUUCUACAGGCGGCUCACAAUCUUUCGGUCAUGGCGGUGUAGGCUUUUCUACAGGCGGCUCACAAUCUUUCGGUCAUUUUGGACAUAAUGACAACGGAUGGAACAACAAUGGAUGGAACAACAACAACGGAUGGGGUAAUAACAACGGAUGGGGCAAUAACAACGGAUGGGGCAACAACAACGGAUGGGGCAAUAACAACGGAUGGGGCAAUAACAAUGGUUGGAACGACAAUUCAUGGAGCACCGGCUCCUUAGUUCGUCACCAUUAAUGGUAAUUUCCUAAUACAUGAACAUAUUAAAAUAUUUUCUGUCAGACAUGGCUACCGUAGUCUUCAUAAAGACAUAUUGUUUCAAUAAUAUUAGCUGGGAAUGGGUUUGGAUAGAAAUUAACUUCAUUGAUAAAAGCUUAACAGUCUUGUGAUAUCGAUUAAAGUAAGGUUUAUUACUUUUAGUGGAGCAUGAUGUGUAUAUUGAUAAGUCUCAGUUUUGUUUAAUUAAAUAGUAAGUCUGAUAACAAUAAACAGGAAUUUUAUCUGAUUUUUAAUGACUGUAUCUCAUUUAACUUCAUUUAUCAUUAUUUAUAUAUACACAUGUAAUCUCAAUGAUAGAACUUUUGAAAAAUGAAAUGAAAGUCGUCUGAAAAUUAAGUUAGUUAUCUAAACAGAGAUUUAUUUACAAAAUGUGCAUAGUUAAAGAUGGUCAAUCUGACAGAUUCGCUAUUUACAAUUAUUUUCAUUCAUUACUCUAGUUACUUUCUAUUUACUUAUCAUUUUCUGAAGUAAAUUCAAGAGGCAAUAAUGUAACAGUUAAACAAGGUCCACCAAGGUUUCUGUACAAAAAUUUAGGGGAAAUGUCUGAUUAGGAAAGAAAACUAUAUUUCAAGGGAUUUCUGCGAAACGGUUGUAACUGAUAUGACAUAAAGAAGUUAUAUUAAAUUCGCAUCAAGCCCUUGUAGUAUUCAUAUUGAUAUUAUAUAGAUUGUCCAUCUUUAACCUUUCGAACAUUAAUGAUAGCCAUAGCUGAUGACAGUAAUAUAUAAAGUCAAGUUUACAUGUUAUAG